CAGAUCUCCAAAUGUUCCCGGGCCAAUGGAGGGGAGAGCCCAAGAUGCCUGGGCCGCUCCUGGGAGAGGCAGGGCUUAAGUCGAGGCGAGAGGCAGGCGCUCAGACAGCCCUGGGCCCCCGCCAGCCCCCACCUGGCACUCGUCUGUGUCGCUGUCAGGAUUUGUCUAGCUCCGCGUUCCCUCGCAGGGGUGUGUUGGGGGGAGUCCUCUUUGCGACACUCAAAAUGGUUAUCAAAGUGUUUGUGGCCACAUCAUCUGGGUCCAUAGCGAUUAGGAAGAAACAGCAAGAAGUAGUGGGCUUUUUGGAAGCUAAUAAAAUCGAUUUUAAGGAGUUCGAUAUUGCUGGAGAUGAAGACAAUAGGAGGUGGAUGAGAGAGAACGUUCCUGGAGAAAAGAAACCUCAAAAUGGGAUUCCUCUGCCGCCGCAGAUAUUCAAUGAAGAGCAGUAUUGUGGGGAUUUUGACUCUUUCUUCUCUGCAAAAGAAGAGAAUAUUAUUUAUUCCUUCCUUGGCUUGGCUCCCCCUCCGGGCUCAAAGGUGACAAAAUCGCCCGAGGAAGCAUCUUCCCUUCCCAAUGGUGAUGUGUCAGGAGAGGCUCAGAGCACCGCAGAGGGAACAGAGAAGACUGAAGAAAGUGGAGAACAGGAGGCACAAAAAGAGGGCAGUGAAGACACAGGCGCCGUCGCCGGAUCCCAAGAGAAGAACGAAGAAGAGGGAGAGACAGCCACGGAAGAGACAGAGGAAGUAACCACAGAGGGAGCAGAAGGGGAAGCAGAGGAAGAGGAAGCUGGAAGAGGGGAAGAGGAGGAGCCAGGAGAAGAAGAAGAAGAAGAAGAAGAAGAAGAGGAGGAAGAAGAUUCUUAGGCCCUUUCGUGCUGUAUUCUUCAACUUGUCCAGGAAACCCAAGCCAUGAAGCACCACUUCAACUGUCUCCCACCAAACCAAAUUCAACAAAAUGCUUUGGCCUGAAGCUAGCACACGUCUGUCAGUACAUCCGGGGUUCACCGAGGAAUUGUGUGAUCUGACACGGUUAGAUCGCCAUGCGUGUACCUACUUAAUCACAUCCAUAUGAAAUCAGACGUGAAGACAACACAUGCAUAUACCUUCAUGGGCCUGACAUUUGUGGCCUUUGCUUAAUUUUUUUUUUUUCCUCUGCAUGAAUAGACCUUCUAAUACCCUGAAAAAAAAUGAAUUCAAAAUAUAGCACUUCUCUUUGUGAUAUGACAAAAGUAUUUCUUGGUAUGCGCCUUAGGCUACUUUUCUCAGAAUUAGCUUUGAAAAUAAAGAGCUUUCCAGAGAACAAUCAUAGAAAUAAAGAUGAGUAGCAAAUA